GAUGAUCUGUCAUGUGACUGUGGUGUGUUCUUUCUGCAGUCAGUAUUCCAGCUGGUAGCACCGUGUACGGGUUUUGUUGGGGCCACUUGGAGCCAUGGAGCGCUGUGCGUGUCCUGCAGCCUUGUUGCUACUAAGCCUAGCAGUUCUUAUGGGAGCCAUGGCUUUUGACGUGGAAAUAAAAGAUGACAAAAAUGCAACGUGUAUCUAUGCAAAGCUCUCGGUGAAUGUAACAGUACAGUAUGAAACCAAUACCAGCAGCACGAAAAAUGUAACCUUUUCAGUUCCAAGCGAAGUAACAACGAAUGGAAGCAGUUGCGGCUCAAAUGGCAAAGCACCUAUACUGGUCAUUAACUUUGGGAAUGGUCACUCAUGGAGCUUAAACUUCACUAGAAACGACAGCAUGUACAGUGGGGGCGCACUCAUCUUUACUUACAACACAAAUGACAGCACUUUAUUUCCGGAUGCUUUGAAGGAAGGGUUGAUUAGCUCUACUGCAGCUUUCCUGGGUCCUAUCCCCUUAAAUUCAACCUAUAAAUGUAUUAGCAGUGAAGUUGUCGUCAGUGAGAACGUCACACAGAUUAUCUCCGAUGUCAAGCUUGAGGCUUUUAUGCAGAAUGGUACACUUGGCAAAGAGGUCAGUUGCGAUGCUGAUAAACCAUCUCCGACACCUACCACAAACCCCUCCACGACAGCCAGCACUACUACGCCUACACCCACAUCCAAACCUCUGGAUAAUCCCACCACUGGCAACUAUUCAGUGUCUGAUGUUAAUGGGACAUGCUUGCUUGCUUCCAUGGGUCUCCAGAUUAAUACAUCCUUGCUUUCUGAAGGCAAGAAUAUCUGGACAGCAUUCAACAUAGACCCCACUGCCAUGAGUAAAAAUGGAACCUGCUCCAAUCAGACCGGCACUUUGAUUCUCACUGACAAUAGCACUGUAAUAGAAUUUACAUUAGCUCUCAAGAACAAGAAUCAUUUCUACCUAAAGGAAGUGAAUGUCGCCCUAAUAAAUGGCUCAGCAUCUUCCACCAGACAAAAUCAAAACCUAAGCGCUUGGGAGGCUUCUGUAGGAAGUUCCUACAUGUGCCACAAGGAGCAGCAGAUUAAAGUCUCAGAAGAUUUGGUCAUUAAUUCUUUUGACGUAAGAGUCCAGCUCUUUGGUGUAAAAAAUGAAACUUUUGCUACAGCUCAGCAAUGUUCGCUUGACGAUGACUCCAUUGUAAUUCCAAUCGUAGUUGGCGCUGCUCUCGCAGGCUUAAUUGUCAUUAUUGUGAUUGCUUACUUAAUUGGUAGAAGAAAAGGCUAUUCCGGAUACCAAACCCUGUAAAUUUGCACUUAUCACCCUUCUUUUUUUUCUUUCUUUAAAACUGAAGCAAAAGUGCAAUUUCUAAACUUCAAUCCAGUGCCCAUCUCUCUUAUCUUUCAUUCUAAAUUCUCUUGGAAUUACAUUUUCCCAUUUUAUCAAAAUAAUCCCAUGAGGCUGCUAAACCUAUUCGUCCUAGAAGGGAUGAUGUUUUAAUUGCGACACUUCCUGUUAAUCAUUUGCACUUAUUUCAGGUAUCAUUCCAAGAAUCUAGAAAUACAGAAUUAAUACCUAGCCUUUUGUAAAUGAUUUACUGUUUUUCUAUCCUAUAAUAUGCAAUUUAUUCUCUUUCUACAUGUACAUAAUUGAAAUAAUAAAUCGGCUAUUGCUGCGCCCCUAUGUGGAUAAGAUAGAUUGCAACUUUGUGCCAUAGGCUUUUACACAAAGCUGCUUAAUUAUAUCUACUUAAAAAGGAUUUUACAUUAGGGCCUGUAAUGAUUCCUGAUUUUUUUUUUUUUCUUAGGGUAAAGAGAGCUACUAGUAGCAACUACUUGUCACUGCUAAAGAAAUAGACAAUGCUGAUCUCUAUUUGUAUUUUAAAGGCAGUGACACACGGGGUGGUUAGUCGCAGCGCAGCAAAUCUUCGUUGUCGCGGGCGACUAAUCUCCCUGCAAUGCCAUCCCACCGGCUAGAAUGUAAAUUGCCUGUCACCGAUUUGCCGAAAUCGCCCGUAGUUUCCUCUCAAGGCAACUUCAGCAACUUCGACAAAUCGUGGCGCAAAUGGCAUUGCGGGGAGAUUAGUCACCCACGACAAUGGAAAAUUGUCGCGGCUCGACUAAUUGCGCCAUGUACCCCUGCCCUAACAAAGGCAAUUCUCAGUAUUGUCUGUGGCAGGGAAUUUUCCGGUGUUUAGUAGCUGCCACUAAGUAGCUCAGUGUGUCUUCACCCUUCAUCUGCCGCUGCAUACAUUGCUAUUGUGAAUUGUGCCUUUUUGCCUGAUAAUUCAUUCCUUGCUCCCACUCAUUAAGGCAAAUGGCACAUAGGGGGCUUGUGUCUGCCACUGCUUUACAGCAGCAGGCCUUACUUUACCCUCAACCACUUACUAGGCUUAUUAAUAGUGUUGAUAACAGGCAGAUGUCUGAAUAGAGGCCUGGCUUUUGCUGCUCCAUUUUCAGGAAACUUUCCAUCAACUAUAACAUCAUGAACAGCAACAAUACAAGUGUUUUUUCCAGGCCCCUCUGCACUACAUCACGGGUGACUCGCAAAGGCAGCUCAAUUGUGGGUCAUUCGUAAUCCCCUCUUCACAAAAUAGUGGGUGACUACCAAGGAAGCAGACUCCCUCCACAGCCACAGGGUCUGCUUCUUCUGUAGUUUUGCCACUGGUCUAACGCCUUUGUGUCAUCGGCCUGAGUAUUAAUUCACAGUGAUCCAGUUCUUUCAUUUCUAGGAUUGUUAAAACUGCUACUAUACAAGAGUUUGGAAAGCUGAAGAGUCAACAUUUUUUUUUUCUAGUUUUUAAAACUGUUACAGUUGUCCCUUUUUGAUUAUAGGGGUGACUCAGUUUUAAGCAUUGGGGCUAUAGCUUUUUUGUGUGUUAAUCCAUGUCGGAAUUGUAAUUUAUCAGCAUUUAUUUGGUUGAACUGUUUCUCCAUCAUUGUCCUUCCCAGCAUUUUCCAACAGCAGUUCAAUAAUUUUGUUGUUUAAUGAUUGGUCUGUUAGGUGCAUCCAUAUUGCUAUCCUGCCAUAGGAGUAAAACACCCAGUUAGCACGCUUGCUUUGGCUACCUCUCCAGUAUACUAAUGGGUAUUUAUAUAGAAUCUUAGGUGCACUUUUAGUGCUUUGCUUGGGUUAGUCCAUCAGACAGAGGCAUUAACAUUAGAAAGAUGCUAAGGUUAGUCAUGGAACAGCAUUUUAUCACUUUUGUGUGUGUUUCUUUUCAGUUUUGUGUUGUACAUAUGUUGUUUUUUCCCCCCUUGGCAGGGGGGCAACAUGUUAUAAGUGUAAUAUUACUUUAUGUUCUAAAAGUUAAUAAAGAAUGGAAAAUACUGUGAGAUUUA